AUGGGCGAGAAGUUCUGGCCACCACCACACAAAUCUACAAUACAGCUCCUCAUCAGCCUUCCUCGCCUCAAGGACAUCCAGCAUUUGCCUAUUGGACAUUAUCUACAGCAGCAGCAAAGUCAAGUGUCGUCAACAGGUGGCUAUACUGUCAAGUAUUGCGGUGAUAUGACCACAGUCCAGCAAGCACAGGUCGCCCAUUGGAUAUUUGAUAACAUUGAAGAGGUGCAAGAGACUGUGGUGCAAUGGUUAGGCUGUGCGGCAUUUGCUCACGCACUCAGUAUUAUGCUCGCAUGCAACAAGCGCAGCAUAUUGGAGGCAGAUACCGACUACCCCAGAGAUGGCACUGCGGACACACAGGAAGAAUUCAUUCUCAAAGCCGCAUGGCCAACCCUUUUAAACUAG